AGAUCACCAUGCACAGUGCCAAGCAUUGGCUGGAGUGGUGUAAAGCACACCAUCAUUGGACUCUGGGAUACUGGAAAUGUGUUUUGUGGAGUGGCAAAUCACUUUUUUGGCAGCCUGAUGGACGAAUCUGGGUUUGGUAGACACCUAGAGAACACCCCCUACUAUAACAUUUAGUGGAGAAGGGGUAAUGGUGUGGAGCUGCUUUUUAAGAUGUUCUGAAGAUUUAGUGGAACAGAAUCUAGAAUUGCAGGCAUUUCUGGAAAUCCUGAGGUCAAGUCAUGCUCUCAUACCUAGAGGAAUGUCCUUUUGUGUACAUGUUGUCAUGCAGGUUGCUUGUGCAGAUAACGACUCCCCCGCCCCCUCACUGGGUAUAUAAGACAGGGCACAGGGGCUUCUGAUUCAGCUCAUCCUCCUGCACAACCUCUACUUGUCCACUCUAUCUUAACUCCAAGAAAAAGAUGAGCUUCUCCACCCGCAGCAUCACCCAGCAAGGCCGAUUUAGUGGGGCUAGCACACAGAGGGCACGCAGUGUGGCAGGAGGUUCUGGAAGCAUUAGAAUGUCCACUGCAAGUGUCUCUAUGGGGGCCCCAAUCUAUAAUGGGAGUCAAGAUGCUGGCCUCUUUAGUAACAAUAGAAAGGAAACCAUGAGCAAUUUGAAUGACCGUCUGGCUGCCUACCUGGAAAGGGUUCAUUCUUUGGAACAAGCUAACAGCGAACUGGAAGGUAAAAUCCGUGAGUUCUACGAGAGAAAGUCCUCCAUCAGCGCUUUUGACCCAAGUCCAUUCUAUAAGACAAUUAACAAGUUACGCUCUCAGAUCCUUGAGGCCACCACCGAUAAUGCCAAGAUGUUACUGCAGAUUGAUAACGCAAAACUCGCUGCUGAUGACUUCCAAAUGAAAUUUGAAUCAGAACUGGCCAUUAGGUUUGGAGUAGAAAAUGACACAGCUGGAUUGCGUAAGGCCCUGGAUGAGCUGACCAUCAACCGCUCUGAUCUGGAGCUGGAGAUUGAAGGCCUGAAAGAGGAGCUGAUCUUCCUGAAGAGGAACCAUGAAGAGGAACUGGCUGGUCUUAAGGGACAGAUUGGCGGAAAGGUCAACGUAGAAGCUGAUUUUGCUCCAGGUGUGGACUUGUCCAAGAUCCUUGCAGAAGUGAGAGAGCAGUAUGAGAACAUGGCGGAGAAGAACCGUCAGGAGGUGGAGAACUGGUACCAAACACAGACUGAAACCCUCAAGGAGGAAGUCAGCGUAUACCAACAAAAUUCAGAAUAUUCUAGGAAAGAGAUCACAGAACUGAGACGUACAUCCCAGAGCCUGGAAAUUGAGCUACAAUCACUACUGCACAUGAAACAAUCUCUGGAAGGAACACUAGCCGAAACAAAUGAUAAAUAUGGAAACGAACUUAGGAAAAUCCAGAUUUUGAUCUCUCAGAAUGAACUCGAACUCCAGCAAGUGAGAUCAGACUCUGAGAACCAUUCUAUGGAAUAUAGACGACUACUUGAUAUUAAGACAAGAUUGGAGCAAGAAAUUGCCACCUACAGGAGGCUCUUGGAAGGGGAAGACAUAAGCUUGUCAGCUCAGCAACGGGAAACACAGAAAAGUGUCAAAAUUGUCAGCAAGGAACAAGCCCAAAGUACCAGCACAACAACAAUCAAGACUGUAAAACUUUUUGAGGAAGUGGUAGAUGGAAAACUGGUGUCCUCAUCAACUUCGGAAAAAGUGUCCAAGAUCUCAAGCUAGAAGUAUCAUUGAUGAGGAAUACAGUCCACAAUUUUGAUUAACCGUAAUCAAUAAAGUCUCUGA